AUGGACUCUAGAACAUCACCAAAUUAUUCCUCAUCACGAUCUAACACCACUGAUGAGAAAAUUCAAACAAAAACCGAAUGGGUCCGAUCCCAACCUAUUGAUAUUACCAAACGAUUACCAAAUUUUGAUAUUGAUCCACGCAAUGUGGUGAGUGGAACCCGACGAAGAAAGAAUUUGGAUUAUCAUGUUUCUAAUUUAACUGGAAUGCAAGUCACUGUGAAACGAUCCUCAAAGAAUACUUUGGAAAAGAGGUCCAUGUCUUCUUCUUCGAAAAUUACAAAAUCAAGAAAGAUGAAAAAGUAA